CGGAUCACUUUCGUUUGUGCGAUGGCCGCAGUCAGAAGUGAAUUCCCCAGCGAGUCGAACAGUAAUCCGAGUACCAAAGCCGACAGUUUGAGGUCGUUGAAAAAACACGUGGCCACGUGUUGGCACAAUUUGUGCAAAAAACUCCAGCAGCCCGCCUCCUUUCGCAAGAGUUCCCAUAGCCGUUUCUACAAGAUCUUUUUGAAGGCCGACUGCUCUGCGAGUUUUCCGGAAAAGUCGAAAUUUUUACGCCAAUUUCACCGGAUCUUCAAGGCAGGCCGGAAAAGCGAAGGCGGUGGUGAACCGGACCCAGAGCCGGAGUUGUGGAAAGAAGUGCCGUUGGCCGAUGAGCAAAGAAGCCAAGAGCAAUUGCAAAUCGUAGCGAGACUAUUUUCCUCUACUCUAAUCUCCACCAAGGAGGAGGAGAUCAUCACCACAAGCAGGAGUAGCAAUUGUAACACCAGCUACACGAGAAGAAAAAGCCAGAGCUACUGCAGCACCAGCACGAUGACCAUAAUCGAAGGCAACUAUAGGGAAGUGCGUGACGAGUAUCCCGACAUUGAUGCCGAGGUGCGCGCCAUAUUGCUAAGCCAUGCCCAGAAUGGAAUCACGAUAUCGAGCAUCAAAGAUGAAUAUCGCAAACAGACGGGCAACACCUUUCCUCUGCACGACAACGUGACAGACUUUCUGCUUACCAUUCCGUAUGUGACCGCUGAGUGCAGUCAUACUGGCAAGCGGAUCUUCAACCUGAAACCCAACAAGGAGAAUAGCCACCUGCUGGAGAUGGUACUUAACCAGAAGCAGCGCAGUGAUUACAGCAGCGGAGCACCGUCCAUAGAGGACAAAUACCGAAUGGGUCCACCGCAGGUGCCGCCACGCUACUGGCGUAACGGAUUCAAGCGGCGGGCACUGUCUCCGCUGGACAACAACCUCAAUGUCAAGGUCAACUCGGAGAAGCCGGCGGAUGACCAGAGCAAGGCGAUCAACACCAGAUCGGCAGCGCUGCCGCAUAUGGCCAAGGCGGCAGCGGAGUCGAACUGGUGCUACCAGGACAAUUGGAAUCAUCUCAAAAAUAUCUACCAGCAAUCCAGUGGGAAUGCACCACACAUGCAUGAGCCCAACCAGAUUUAUACUGAUCCCCCGGAGCUGUCAAACCACUUGGCUAACCCGGAGCUGAUCAAGCCACCCUGCAAGAACCAUAACAGCCCGAAUCUCAACCAGAUACUCAACCCAAACCUGGACAUCUUUAGGCGUCCACGUUCCUCCUGCGACUUGAAGCGGCGCCACGAGAGAACGCCCACACCCACGACCAUGUCCUCUGCAACUCAUAACGAUUCGAUGCUGACCAUAAGCUCGGACUAUGAUGCCUAUCUUCUGGACUUUCCUCUAAUGGGCGAUGAUCUACUUUUAUAUCUCGCCCGAAUGGAGCUCAAGUGCCGAUUCAGGCGUUACGAACGGGUCCUGCAGUCGGGACUUUGCGUUUCCGGCCAGACGAUCAACGCUGCCCGGAAUCGGCUGAAGAGGGUCAACCUGCCCGAGGGCACCCAGAUAAUUGUGAACAUUGGUUCGGUGGAUAUACUACGGGGCAAGCCGCUCGUGCAGAUCGAGCACGACUUUCGGCUGCUCAUCAAGGAGAUGCAUAACCGGCGAUUUGUCCCGAUACUCACCAAUCUUGCCCCGCUGGCAAACUAUUGCCACGACAAGGGGCUGUGCGACAAGGUCCUGCGAUUUAACAACUUUAUUCGCUCCGAGGGCAGGAGUCACCUGAAGGUGAUUGAUAUACACUCGUGCCUGAUCAACGAGCGGGGCGUCGUUCGUUUCGAUUGUUUCCAGAACGCUCCCCGCUCUGUGUCGGGUUCAAAGGAGCCCUAUUUGUUCUGGAACAAAAUCGGCAGGCAGCGCGUGCUGCAGAUGAUUGAAUCGAGUCUGGAGUACUGAGUUUUGGGCAACUAUUUGGACGGGGCUGGCACCGGUCCAGCCAAUAAUGAAGAUGAUUUUACGAUUGAUCCAUGCUGACGGCUCGCUGCUUUUACUUGGAAUUCGCCUACGUACUAUUUUAAUGUGUUUUAUGUGUCCCCGCGUCCAUGUAAAUGUUUAUGUCUAUGUGUAUUUGUAUUUGUGUUAAUUGUUUAAAUAAUUCCGUGUUUUGUGUUCAAUGUUAGAUUUUAAUUUCUUGAGGCCUCGACGCCUGCCUGUCAUUGAUUUUGCAUUUUGUGUGUAGAGUUUGUGCUCACCUUUUGCCACUGUCCCAAAAGCUGAGUGCAAAUUCAUUUGCAAAUCAAUUUCAGGCACGUUGAAGCCUUGCUUUCCAUCUACUUUUCCCUGAAAACAUUUCCCCUUGCAAUCCCCUUGAAUUGUACAAAUCGGAUUGCAAAGCCAAAUGGAACCUAAGUGCAAAUCAUUGCAAAUGUUAUAAACUGUUUUUGCUGUUCCUGUUCUACCUUAUUUGUUUCGGCCAAAAUGCUCCAUGCUCCUGUAUCGCCACCCGCAGGGGGCGUGGCCCCGCCGAUACAUUUGAGUCAUGCUGCAUUUUGGCCCAGAAUGAAAAUGCAUUUCGCUCCACUUGAAGCUUUUACUUGCUUGCACAAAAUCAACGCCGCGGCUGAUUUAUUAUUGAUGUGUUUCAAGCAGAUUCAAGUGGAGCAUUUGCGCCAUUUUCGUCUUCCUGUUUCCGUUUUGCCAACAAAAAGUAAAUCAAAUGAAAAGUUUAUAAAGAAAAGCUUACACUCUGCCCCAGACAUGCCACCGGAAGUGCGCGCGCUAAGCGGGUGAGUGUGUUUUUGGCACAGUGUAGCUUACAGAUAAUGAAUGCUUCUUUACCUUAAAGUCUUUCCUAGAAGAGCUCUUUACUUAUAUAAUAUUUAUAAACUAAUUUAUUGUCUUGAAUGUAUGUAUGUUAAUUGUAUGUUUUGAAAGUGAUCACGUUUUUUUUUUGGUAUGUCCUCAUAUAACAAGCUGCAAUGUAAAAUCCUAAAAAAAAAAAGAAAAAAAUAAAACAAAUAAAAAGGGAAAA